UAUCGGAUUUUAGAUAGCUAUCGUCUCUAGUUAUAGAUAUAUUGGGGUUAUGAAAGUGCCAUUUUCUAUCCAUGGAAUACUGAGAUCGAGCCGCUUACCAGUACUGACGGAACUUAUAACAAGUCACUUCAAGCUUACUAAGUACCGAGCUACCCCCGACACCCCUCUUUUCAGAGUAGAAAAACAAUGAAAGGAAUAGGAGUGGUAAUUAAAAUAAUAGAUAGUCUGGGCAUGAUUGGCAUUUCAAUGUCCGACACGCAACCACCUCUCCUCAGAUCAGUCUGUACACGUGUUGGUUACUAGUAUGGUCUAGCAAUGACGUUUGCAUGAUUUGGGAUGGGUAGUUUGUGUAGGUAUCUCGUGACUGGUGCAGUUGUGGCCCCUCCUCAGAUCAUCAUAGGAUGGAAGUUUCUUUGAGUAACUAUCACUAGUAAUUAUCACUUAUAUGCGAUACUGUCCUUGUCUGGUAUUUCCUGUUGUGCUUGCUUUCGGGCCAUUUUGAGAUACUUCUUGGGCCAAGAAGGCUAGUUACAUAUACCUCCAGGUGCAUGUGUAUAAAAUAUAUAUAUAUAUGUAUUUAACCAACUGUACUUCACCACCUAGCCAACCACAAACCGCCAGUGAACGUCACCUCAACAACCACAAUACCCAGAAACAAAUACCAGCAGUACAGCCGUCCCAAACACACUGAUCACACCCCAAAAAGAUGAACAGUGUAGACAUAGGGCGGUGCAGCAAACGCAUUGUACAAUACCUAUGGGAUCCCGAGCCCAGGAAUGAUCAAAAGCCAGAUGCCUCUAUCUGGUGCUUGGGAGUAGAGUAUGCCCCGCGGUUUAAGAAAUAUGCAGCAAACAGAACACCCGAUAGGGAUGAGCCUGACGCUGGAACAAACACCAUAGACGAUGUAACAGAACAUGGAUGGCCAGAAGCAUUCGUCUCGGACUUCGAGUCGAAGAUCUGGAUGACAUAUCGAUCUAAUUUCCCCCCAAUACCAAGACCGGACAACGAUGAAGCGAAUCAUCCGAUGACGCUAACUGUACGCCUGAGAACACAGCUAAUGGACCCUCAAGGCUUCACUUCAGACACAGGCUGGGGUUGCAUGAUCAGAUCAGGGCAAAGCUUGCUAGCAAAUGCAAUGCUUACAUUGUGCCUAGGCCGUGCCUGGCGCCGCGGGGAUAAAUCGGAAGAAGAGGCCCAUCUACUAUCUCUAUUUGCUGAUCAUCCAGACGCGCCCCUCUCGAUACAUCGAUUUGUCAAACAUGGCGCCGAGUCAUGUGGUAAACAUCCUGGGGAGUGGUUUGGACCGUCAGCAACCGCUAGAUGUAUAGAGGCUCUCUCAGCACAAUGUGGAAACAUAGCGCCCAGAGUAUAUGUCACAAACGAUACCUCAGACGUCUACGAAGAUAGCUUCUUGCGAGUGGCUCGCAGUGGUUCGGGCAGUAUACAACCCACAUUAAUACUGCUAGGGACUCGGCUAGGAAUCGACAACGUCACGCCAGUGUACUGGGAGGGACUCAAAGCUGUCUUGCAAUUGCCACAGUCGGUAGGCAUCGCAGGGGGUCGUCCUUCCGCGUCUCACUACUUCAUCGGCACGCAAGGCUCGCACCUCUUCUAUCUUGAUCCCCAUACCACGCGUCCCGCACUCCCAUACAGCACUGGUGGUAGGUUCCCCUCCAAGGAGGAAAUCAGCACAUACCACACUCGCAGACUCAGACGCAUUCAUAUACAAGAUAUGGAUCCAAGUAUGCUAAUAGGCUUCCUUGUGAGAAAUGAGGAUGAUUGGGACGAUUGGAAGGGGCGCAUAGGCUCAAUGAUGGGAAAGCCAAUAAUACAUGUGCUCAAGGGAGCGGAAACUACUUACAACCAAGGCAGAAGGGAGGCACUCGAUGAAGUCGAGGCGUUGGAUGACGCUGAAUAAAACAAAGCGCAUGCGAGUGAAAGGCGCCACCCCGUUAGCCUCAAAGCAUCGAAGAGCAGAAUAUGUUAGAGUAAUUCAAAUUUCGAACCCUAGUCUGAAAGUUGCUACUGCGCAACCAUACCCAGGAGCACCGAGUUAUGUUACAACGCAUUCACGUCUCGAAUAAAACCAUGAAAAACAUUUGGCCCAAUGGGGAAAAACAAAGCCAUCCCGUGACGCAUUAAAAAUCCCGCGAACACCCUGUACCCACCACCUCAAACCAUAACAGAUAACGAGGUAGUAAAAGACAAUCCUGCAUAAAAGAAACAAACAAAAAAAAGAAAAGAAAACAGUUUAUUUGGCAGAAGAGGAG